AUAUAAAAAUUUUAAAUAAUAAAAAUACAAACAAAAUAUCUCUAAAAAAAUAAUAAAAAGAAAUGAAAAAAUAAACUAUAAUAAUACUAUAAUUACUAUUAUUAGGAAUUCUAGCACACCCAGUACCUUCAAAUACUACUAAUACAUCUCAUGCACACAGCCAUUCUCAAAUUAGCAUUCACAAUCACGUUCAUGAACAUCAUAACCAUUCUAAAUGCUCACAAGGCCAUCAUCAUAAAAGUGAAAGUCAUGCAGUCCACGCGCCUUUAACAUUUGUAGAAAAAUCAUUUAACUAAUUUAAAAGAUAUUUCGAAAAAAAUAUUCCUAAUAAACAAUAAUAAGUAAUAACUAGCGUUUUGAUAGUGUCUUUACCUUCCCUUCCUGUGUUUUUAAUUUUAUCUGCUUUAGGAAAAAUAUUUUAAUAAUAAGGAGAUAAAAAUAACUUUUCUUAUAAGCUUUUAAAUAUUCUUUAAAGUUUUGGAUUUGGUUCUAUCCUAGGUGAUGUUCUAUUACAUAUAAUUCCUUAUAUUUUCGAAGAAUAACAUAAUGGACAUGAAGGUCAUGGCCAUUCUCAUGAUUAAGAGAAUUUAUAAACUCCAUUAAUGAUUAUUUUUGGAAUUAUUUUACUUUUGACCCUUGAUUAUUUAUUUAUGGUUUUAAAUUCUAGUUCAGAUGAAGAAAAUCAAAAGCAUAAUCAUGAAAAUACUGAAAAAAACGUCAAAAAUAAUAUAAAAGUUGAAGCUGAAAAAAAAUGUGAUCAUCACAACCAUUAAGAAUAAAAUUCUGCAAUACCAUUUUUAAUUUGUGAUUUUUUACAUAAUUUAACUGAUGGUUUAGCUCUAGGAGCUGCUUUUACUAUAAAUAUUAAUUUUGGAUUAACAUCAACUUUUGUUAUAAUGAUACAUGAAUUACCUCAUGAAAUUGGUGAUUUUGCUUUCCUUAUUAAACGUAAUUAUGGUUUGUCAAGAAUUUUCUAAACUUAAGUUAUUACUAGCUUUGGAGCCCUUGUUGGAGGAAUUAUAGGUCUAAAAACAGGUGAAUUAUAUAAAAAAGAAAUGCUUUCUAUUAUUGCAGGAUGUUUUAUUUAUACAUGUUUAUCAACUAUCUUACCUGAAAUAAAAAACUCUUUAAAAUAAAAUAAAUCUUUUUUGAAUUUCCUUUCAAUUGUUGCUGCAAUUUUAUCUGGGGUUUUUAUUAUGUAUUAGGUUGCUUUAUUAGAAUGAAAUUAUAUAUUGUAAUAAUAUUUUUAUUUUUGUUUUUUUAAUUAAUAAAAAGUAAAAUAUAUAAAAGCUUAUAUUUUUUUUUUCUUUGUUUGUAAAAAAAUAUACUUAUUAUAAUAAUUUUUAAUUUUUAUUUAUUUAUUUUAAAAUAUGUUUAUUAUGUAU